AUUUAUGUUUGCGCAAUUGGGGGCAUUAAUUGAAAAACAUUAACCUCCACACGUUUGAGGGUAUUUUGGGAAUAGCGCCCACACGCACAAUCCCUAUCCCCCACUCCCAAUUAAUUAAUCAAUCAAUCAUUCUCGUUUCACGCAAAAUCGCAAACAACACCGCUUUUCUGUUUUCAAAUUCUCGUCUCCUGCUAUCUAUAUAUUUCUCUCUCCUGCAGCAACGACGACUUUCUCUCUCUGUGUGUGAAUAGAGAGCUGGGGAGAAGGAGAUGGCGAGGAGACCGGACGACGAGUACGAUUACUUGUUCAAGGUCGUACUGAUCGGAGAUUCAGGCGUCGGUAAAUCCAAUCUUCUCUCUCGAUUCACUCGAAAUGAGUUUUGUUUGGAAUCCAAAUCCACCAUAGGUGUUGAAUUCGCUACUCGUACCCUCCAAGUAGAGGGAAAGACAGUGAAGGCUCAAAUAUGGGACACAGCAGGACAAGAACGAUACCGAGCUAUAACAAGUGCGUAUUAUCGUGGGGCCCUAGGGGCACUUUUGGUAUAUGACACAACAAAACCAACAACUUUUGAAAAUGUAAGCCGAUGGCUAAAAGAACUUAGAGACCAUGCGGAUUCAAACAUAGUAAUCAUGCUAAUUGGAAACAAAACAGAUUUGAAACAUCUAAGAGCUGUUACAUCAGAAGAUGCUCAAACAUUUGCUGAAAAAGAAGGGCUUUCGUUCAUUGAAACGUCUGCAUUAGAAGCUGUAAAUGUUGAGAAGGCGUUUCAGACGAUUCUUGGAGAGAUUUAUAGGAUUAUAAGUAAGAAAUCACUUGCGAUUGGGAAUUCGGGAGGUGGAAUUGGGAGUAGUGUUAAACAAGGGGAGACACUUGAGGUGGGGUCACAGGAAGUUAAUGCAAAAAAGGCUUGUUGUUCUUAGUUUUUAAGUUUUGGAGAAAAAAAAUUGGAAUCGAGAGAGAUUUGUUUGUGUUUUGAAUUUAUGAAUUAUGAUUACUAGUAGUAUUUGAUUCUUGUUGUUGAUGGUAUGGUUGACUUUCUAACAUACAUACAUAUUGAGAGGUUUUGACUUUAAAUUCUGUUGCUAGAUAUUGUCUUAAGGGAAUGUGUUGUUUGUUUUUGACUUAAUGGAUUAAGCCACAAAAACAUGGUGGAAAUGUGGAAUGUAUUAAGACAUCAGCCAUCUAGGUAUUUACCUUUCUAUUUUUUCCCUAAAACUUCUUUGAUGUUGAAAAUGACAUAUUGUAGAUUUUAAAGAAGAUAAGGAUUGUUGAAGGCGAGAGAUAUGUUAAAAUCAUCAUUUUUAUAAAUUUAACGGCUGAAUGGUUUGUGGACAAAAUUGUAAUUUAGUGUUUAAUUUUAUUAUUUUUCCUUGCUGUGAAUGUAAUGUGUUUACUUUUAAAUUAUAUUUGUUAAUUAUGAAAGAAAUUGGAUGCUUAAAAUCAAUCAGAUGCUAUUUUCGAU